AUGCUAAUAGAUGCUAGUAAUCUAGAUACGCUAGAUACUAAAGAGAUAAAAGCAAAUCUACUGUUUAUAUCUAUAGAUUUAUUACUAGAGGUUAGCUUUUUAAGCUACUUGUAUAGUCUUAAGAUAGAUAGAGUAUCUACUACUAUCUUCUUAGAAGAAGCACACUUACUGCUACUAGAAGAAAGCUUUAGGCCUAGGCUAGAAAGUAUUAAUAAGAUUCUUAAUCUAGAGUUUAAUCUAGUAUUUAUAAGCGCUACGCUACCUAGUAGCUUACUUAAUCUAUUAGAGUUAAAGUUUAGUAUCUAUAAGCCCUAUACUAUAAAAGAGUCUACUACUAGAGAUAAUAUAAGCUACAUACCUAUAGAAAGUAAUAAGCCUACAGAGAUAGCUAGAAGUAUUCUAAUAGGAGAAGUAAAGUCUUUAAAAAGUAAAGAGAAGAUAAUUCUCUAUACUAGAACUAAAGAAGAAGCUAGAAGGGUAGCUAAGGCGUUUGCUAUACCUUACUACUAUAGCACUAUAGAUCUAGAAGAAAAAGUGCUACUAGAGAAAAAUCUAAGCUUAUUUCUAGAUAGUAAUAAUAGUACUUAUACUAGCAUAGUAGCUACUAGCGCUUUAAUAGUAGGGAUAGAUUAUCCUUUUAUUAAGAGUAUUCUCUUUAUCUAUAUCUAUAAUAGCUUUAUUAAUACUAUACAAGGUAUAGGUAGAGUAGCUAGAUUGUUAAAAGAAGGCAAAGCUUUUCUAAUUUAUCCUAGUACUAUAAAAGAUAGAUUAGUAGAGACUUCUAUUAACGCUAGUAGUAUAACUACGUUAGAAGAGUUUAAAGUAAUAGAUAAUAACAAGUUAAUAGAGUUUCUACUAGAUAGAACUUGUAAUAGAAGAAUACUAGAAGAAUAUCUAGAAGAUAAGCAAGAGCUAACUUGCUCUCUAGAAGUAGCUAAGUGUAAUAGUUGUUUAAAAAGAAGUAAAAGUCUAGAAAAAGCUAAAGAAAGCCUAACUAGCAACUCUAUUCUAGUAGAGACCUUAAAAGUUAAAAUAAUAGAAAAAAUAGAAGAUUUUACUACUAAAUUUUGUAUUAACUGCUUCUUUAGAUAUAAGUAUACUAGCUAUAGCACACACUCUUUAGAGGAUUGCUCUAACUAUAAAAGUAGCUUAGAGAAUAGAGUAAGAUCUAUCUUUAAAGUUAUAAAAACACCUAUCAAUAAUAGAGGUAUUAUACCACCUAACUUAGUAUGCUACUAUUGCUAUUUACCUAAGUUUAUCUACUACUCUAAGAGUAAAGCUACUUGCUUAUAUAGAGAUAUAAUAGUUAACUAUAUAGUAUUUCUACAAGAACUAAUUAAGAGAGAUAUCCCUAUUUCUAGCUUAGAAACACUAUCUAAGCUUAAAGAAGACUAUUUAAAAGAUACUAGCUAUACUACUAAAGAAGACUUUAUAAUAGUAGAGCUACUAAGUAAGGUAGUAGAAGUAGAUACUAAGAAGGUUCUUUUCCUUUAUAAGAUUCUACUAGAAGUUACACUACUAGACCUAGAAAAAGAUAUAAAAGAAGUAGAGAGUAAAUCUACUACUAGUUCUACUAGCGUAGUAUCUAGCAAUCUAGCUACUAGUAUAGAAGAAACCACUUUAGAAAGCUUAAAAUCUAUCUUCUAUACUUAA